UGUAUUAUUGGUGACAGGUGAGACAUGCCAAACGGGAAGAGCAUCAUUUACUCUCAAAUUAACUGCUUGUCGUAAAUAACGAUCCGCCCCAACAAAAAUCUCACAUUGAUCCACCGCGACGGAGAAGGCAGGUAGAAGAGCAAUCGGAGAUUGAGGAAGAUACGGCGAUGUCGACCUCGCUCAAGUCCGCGGCUCUUCUAGAGCAGAUGAAGGUCCAUCUCGCCACCGACGCUGGAAAGCAGAUCUCCAGCAAGAUAAGCCUCGUCUACCAGCUCAACAUCGCCCCAAAGAAGAUUGGAGUGGAUGAGGAGAUCUACGUUGUCGAUCUCAAGCAAGGAACGGUCACCGAAGGCCCGUAUGAUGGGAAGCCAGAUGCUACCUUUUCCUUUACGGAUAACGAUUUCCUGUCAAUUGCGACAGGGAAGAUGAACCCGCAGAUUGCAUUCAUCAGAGGAGCGAUGAAGAUUAAGGGAAGUAUAAGUGCAGCUCAAAAGUUCACACCUGAUAUCUUCCCCAAACCAUCAAAACUUUAAACCGAAGCCUGGUGAUGCUCCCUUUAGUGCAAACUAAUGUAUGCUCAUCGUUCUGCCUGUUCUAGUCUUUAUAAAAUAAAAGAUACAGGAAAUCAAAAUCAGCUAAAGGUUUGAGUUGCAUCAUUUCACUGAACAAAUCAUACUCUUGUUAUUUGUAGACAUUGUUUUCCUAAAUGAAAUAAUUAUUGUGUUGAGGUAA